GGACUGUGCUUGGCCGUGGCGGCGGCAGCAGCAGCAGCAGCCAGCAGCAGCAGCAGCGGUGACAGCGGCAGCGGCAGCAGCGGCCGCCCGGCCCCAGCACUGGCUCCCCGGGGGUUCAGGCGGCCGGAGCUGCGUUGGCCGGCGGCGGCGCUCCACUGCCCCGAUUUUGCAUGCACCUGCCCCGCCUCUGCCAGGAAGAGCCGGGGGUGGCGGGGGCGUGGGGUGCGGUCGGGAGGAGCCGGCGCCCGGGAGCCUUUGAAAUGAACGUGCCGGAGCCUCGUCCUGCAGCCGCUGCCGCUGCCGCCGCUGCCUUCAUGAUGCUGUUGGUGGACGGGGAUGGGGAAGGGGUCGGGGUCGGGGACAGGUCGCUGCCGGAGUCACAGCCCGAAGCGCUACACAGUGGGGCGCAGGAACUCGCCCUCUUCCUUACCCCCGAGCCCGGGGCCGAGGUGAAGGAAGUGGAAGCCACCAUUGAAGAUAUGCUUCUCAGGCUGGAAGAGUUCUGUGGCUUGACUGACAUGAUCAGGAGUGACACGUCGCACAUUCUGGAUGAAAAUAUUCCGCUUGUUAAAGCCAAAGUGAUGGAGAUGAAUGGCAUAUACACCAAAGUGGAUAAAUUAGAGGCAUUUGUGAAGAUGGUGGGACACCAUGUCUCCUUCCUGGAGGCACAAGUACUCCAGGCUGAGAAAGAUUAUGGAACAUUCCCUCACACCCUUCGAAAGUGGUUUCAGUCAUCCAGUUUGCCAGCCUUCCGAAAUCUCCCAAUUGAAAAAAGAAAAGAAAAACCAAAGCCUUCCAACAGAUGAUCAUAGCCAAACAAAACCAAUUCCCCCACGGGCUGCGUGACAACGUCCGUCUCAUUCUGCGUAGAAGCCUUUCCCAGGCUCUCUUCAUUGUGGCGCCUUCCUUCCAUUGAGUCUGUCCCCUUUAUCCUGUAUAUCCCAGGGCAUUUGUUUGCUUGUUGUCUCCGGAUCGUCCUCUGCCUCCCUUUUGUGUCCCCAGCCCUUAGCACGGAGCCUGGCACAUCGACUGCCUGGCUGCCAGGAGGUGCCAGGGUGCCUCAGUCUAGGACUUCUGGAGAUACGUUUAGUCACCGCCGUCCCAGGAAUUCUCAAGACUUUCCGUGCUGCUGUUCUUUAAAUGAUGCCUGGGCAGAUGGUACGCCUGUUCUCCUCUCAGGUCACAUCCGUCUUGCUUCGCAAGUUUCUCUGAAAAUGGCCCCUUUUCAUCAUUUCUUAGGGUACUGUGAUAAAGGAUGGAAAGGCCUGCGAUAUGCAACAUAUCCUGUUGCAUUCAUGGCCGUCCGUUGCUUCGCUCUUACUUACUCAGUGGAUGGGAACCCCCUUGGUUUCCAGUUCUCGCAGCAAAUAUUUGUUGGAGAAACAACUGGAGAAGCAAACGUAGACCUAAAACUCUUUGAUUGCCUCCCCACGAAGCAAAAGGAACUCUAAGUGGCUGUUUGAUUUCCGGCCCUCUUGAUGCGCUCUGGCACCACGGGGGAGCUGGAGGACGGCUGGCCUGUCGGGACUCGGAAUCCUUCCUGGACCCUGCUCUCCCUCCCCCCCCCCCCCCCCUGCCCCGCCGCUACCUGCCCUAACUCGUCCUGGGAGAUGGUCCCUGCCUGCGGCUGAUGAGUCAGCUGGAGAGGGAAGUCUAGAGGAGGGACCUUUCUCGGGGGUCAGGCUGGCGGGGAGCGCGGGAGAGUCCCCAGUCGUGUUCGUUUUCUCUUUUUCUUAGAAUCCCAUAAACCAACGUUUUGUUCCGUCCUGCGUCCAUUCUCCUUUACUGUCUGGCCCCACAGCUUGUUCCUGAGGCCAUCGUUCCCCUUACAGACCGUGGCCUGAUCCGCUUAGGUGGGCCUAGUAUCAGCCACGGACUUUUCCGGGUGAAAUCCUCUGGCCUUCCCUCUCUCCCAAGCCCCCUCGCUGCCCCCGGAGAGGGGCCGAGCCAGAGCAAAGUACCCAGUCCGUCCCUCCAUAGCUCGUUUUCACCUGACAUCCAGGAGAGCCCGCAGGGGAAAGAAGGCCCGGGGAGGAUCAGAGCCUUUCUCAAGCGCGAGGCAGGGCCCAGGGCCGGCUCCCACCCGGUCGCCAGACGGAAUCGAUAACUUCCCAGCAUUGUUGGCUGUGUUAGGAGGCCAUCUCCGGGACCAACUCCCUUCCCUCCCGCCUUCCCUCCAUGAUUCUUGACUUCUUUGAGUCCAUCUCUGCCUCAGCUAGUCCUUUCUGCGGCCCAGCCUAGCUCUCCCCUCCUCAUCCUCCUUGCCUUCGAAGAGUACCCCUCCCCCAACCUGGGGAGGAGACGGAAGGGGGAUUGACAGCUCUGACAGCUCCUGGGCUGGGCCCCAGCUGCCUUUGAAUUCAGGUCUGGGGUUAGCCACACCAUUCCUGGACGCCCUCUCCUUUCCCCUCCCCCAAACGCUAGCCGAGGAGGUGUAGUCCAGUGCAGCUGCCGCUAGGGCCGUUCCAGGCUCGGGCUCCUUUGUACAAGGGGGAGGGGAUAGAGGACCUCUUUGUGGGGCCUCGGGGAGGUUGGAGGAGGAUUGGCCAGUUUGUUGGCCUUCUGUUCUAUGUAGUAGCAGCUGCAGGAGCAGUCACCACCUUCAGGCUCAGGAGGCAGUGCAGACCCCCCCCCCUCCUCCCCUGCCUUGCUCUCACAUCAACAAUAAUUGUGUGUGUGUGUGUGUGUGUGUGUGUGUGUGUGUGUGCUACAUGGAAUUGAUGUGAAGGGAGACAUGGUUCAUUGGAAGGACCACUACUGUGCAUUCAGAGGCAGAAGACCUGGUUCCAUAAGGGCUGACUAAAGUUCUAGGUCUCUGGAGAUUGAUGAUUCCCUUCUGGGGGAGGUCUAUCUAUCAGAGGAGGUGGCUGUGCUAAGGGACCCCUCGGGUCCAGGGCUACCAUUCUGUGUUCUAGGCUCAGUGGAUUCAACACCAAAUCAUUACCCGCCAUGUACAGGGUGUUGUGCUUAGCUCUAAGAAUAUGAAAACAAAGAUGGAACAGUUCCUUCCCUCAAGGAGCUCACAUUCUGCUGCAACUUGAGGAGGGGCUUCAACACUCUGUUCUUAGGUUCCCCUUAGCUUGGACAGGUUCUUCAGACUCUAACAUUUCAUGAGGCUUCUGAGCAGAUUUUUUUCUGAUGGUGAACCUGUUAGAGACCAGGUGCCCAAACUGCAUCCCUUGCUGCAUGUGACCUGCCCCCUUACACUAGAUGGGGAGGGAUGAAGCACUCCCAUUGGGCUGCUGGGCAGAGGGGCGGGUCAUGGGAGAAAUGUCCUCAGGCACCUGUGGAGAGGGGGAAGGGAGCAGCCCCCUCCAGCAUGCGUGCCAUAGGUUUGCCAAUAUGGCACUAACCUAUACUAGCCAUAUCCUUCUCACUUCAUUACAACUUUCUAGCAUUAUAUCACAGUUCACUUUAUACUUGGAGGCAGAUUGAGGGAAAUUGAUGGUCGAGGCAAUGAAUUAAGGGCUGGCCUUGGAAUAAGAAGUGCCUAAAUUUAAGCCUUAUCAAUGGCACCUAUUGGUAGUCCCCCUGGGCAAGUCUCUCAUGUCCCAGACAACUCUCUAAAAUCAUAAAUUGCAGAAUAAUUGCUGAUCUGCACUAUUAGAGGGAAUUUUCUCAUCUGAAAUUCCUUAUACCAAUGACAUUAGAAGUCUAAACAAAGGAAAAGUUAAUAGAGGCAGAAAGAAGGUAAAUGAUUUGGCAAAGGUUGCACAGCAAACUUAUAAUAGAGCCAAUAAUAAAUAAGUCCCUCAUUCCCUACCCUUUCUCCUUAUUUAUUAUAGAAAUCAACCUUGUUCUAGGUAUAUAAAAAUGUGGGUUUGGGAAUGGCAGACAUUCCUAUAGACCAGUGAUGGCAAACCUAUGGCAUGGGUGCCAGUGACGGCAUGCAAAGCGCUCUCUGUGAGCAUGUGCCACCCUGCCCCAGAGUUCAUUACUAGAAAGCAGAGGGACUCAGGCAGAGUUGUUCCCCUCCCCCUCUCCACUGUGCCUGAUGACAUUUUUUCACAUUCUCCACCCCUCUGCCCAGCAGCCAAUGGGAGUGCUUCCUCCCCUGUGUGAGGUAACGCAGGAGCAGAGGGUGCCUGGCCCUCAAUGGGGGGAAGGGUGUGGCACUUGGUCUGGAGGAGGGGGCAUAGCACUUGGUCUGAGGGGUUGAGUGGGGGCAGGGCCCGGCACUCUGUCUCUAAAAGAUUCACCAUCAGUACAGUUAUCAAUAUUAUGGAAAUAGGUCUUGAUCAAUGACACAUGUAAAACCCAGUGGAACUGCGCGUUGGCUACAGGAGGGGGGUGGGAGGAGAGGAAGGAAAGAACAUGAAUCAUGUAACCAUGGAAAAAUAUUCUGAAUUAAAUAAAUAAAAAUUUUCAAUAAAAAAAGUUAAAAAAAUAAAAGAUUUGCCAUCACUGCUAUAGACAAUGCACCUGAAGGGCUUGUGGAUGGCUGACAAAACCAUAUAAUAUAUACCAGGAGAGCCAGGUUUUAUUGUUAGCUCCAAUAUUACUAGCUGGUUGACCUUGAAUAACAUUAUCUCCCUUCUAUGGACCUCAAUUUCCUCAUCUGAGAAAAGGGGUAAGAAUGAACUAAGAUGAUCUUAAAAGGACCUUCUAGCUCAAAAAUUCAGGAACUAAGUCAGGACAGCUGGGUUCUAGUUCUGAUCACCACUUUCUAGCCAUGUGUCCACUUUCUCUUCUCUUAAAGGGGUAUGGAAUUCAUACCUGCCUGCUUUAGGGGAGUAAUUAGGAGGGAAGACCAAGGUAUUAUGCAGCUGAAAACAUCUGGGAAAGCACAGGGUUCAGUAUCAGUAUGGGUUUUUAUUAGAUUUCCAUUACCCCUCCCCCAAAUUCUUUGUUUUUACUCUAAGUAUUUUAUAUUUACUUAUUCAUGUUCAUGUUAUUUCCUCUGCUAAGGAAGCUCUUCAUUUUUCUCUCUGUCCCCAGUGCCUAAUACAGUUCCCAGAAUAUAGAAGAUAUUUCCACAUACAUUUGUACAAUAGAUGAUUCUGGGGUGGAUUUUGGAAGGAGGGAGAAGCUUGAGUGUUUAGGAUGAAUGUUCUUCCAUGAUGUUACCACAAACAUUGCUCCUCUAUGAUUUUGGGUGCCUGGUACCCUGGGACCAUCUGAAAAUGGUAGAGUCGAGGAAAGGAACACUGUUCUGGCUGAAGCCAGAAGUCAGAUGAUUUACAGACGCAUCAGGACAGGUUAACCAUAUGACCCUUAUUGGAGGGUGGGAAUGGGGAAGGGGUUUCUGGGCAUGUGUCUUCCCUUUGAAACUUGAAAGAAUAUGAGGGAGAGAGAGAAAGAAAGACUCAGACCAAGGGAAAGAUUGUUCUGUUGGGCCCUGCACACAUUUUGUUCCAUUGACAGUUCUAGGACAUGACCACUUAGAGCUGAUUUCUCCCAAUGAGGGAGAAAUUGUCAGCCAUCCGCCAAGCUUCCUUUUGCCUGGAAUCCACGCAGUGUGGAGGUGAGGGCAAAUUGUGGGAGAGGUGGUCUUGCUAAGCAUCAUACCAGCCAGAUGCUUUUUGGAGGAGGGCACCUAGCCCAGAGGACACAAACUUAGAGGGAGUAAGUUUCUCUACAGAGGGAGUCUGGCCCAGCAAGUUCAUACAAAGAAAGAGGGAGCCUCACAUCUGCAAUACAUUAUCAGGGCAGGCGGCAGAAGCAGGAAAGUGUAAAAAUGAACUAGAGACAUCUCAGCUUGCUCCCCAGGCCAUGAGGCUGUUCGUUCAGAAUGCAGGAGGGAGACCAGGGGACGUGGAUUGUCUUGGAUAGCUUUCCUAUUUGCCAAGAACCAGUCCCAGUCUAGUAAAGGCCCCAGGAACAGUAUUCAGAAUGCUCUAAGUUGCCUUUUUGCCCAGAAGCACAGAGUGAACCUUGCUAAUUUGUUGUAAACCGCUGUUUGUUUUCCAGUGAGCCAAAACAUCUUGUUCACGAGGUGUCAUUUUGAUUAAUUUUUCCAAUGGUUAAGAGCACAACUCUUUCCAAGGAUGACUCUUUGGCUAAUAACAAAACCACUUUGGGCCAAGUCCCAACACCAGGCUUCCAGAGUUGCACAAGCAGAUUUUGCACAGGGAGAACUCUAGGGUAUGUAAAGUCCUUGGCCC